AUGGCUGUGUUAUGGCAUUUCGUGGCAGUGUUUCUUUCGCUUCUAAGCAUUAUAGAAGGAUGGCAAUAUUCGAAAAACCACCGCGGGCCAUAUGGAUGUGUGAUGAACACGCGGGGAGAAGUUGACUGUACAAGUAGUAACUUUACUUCCAUACCAGCUGAAAUUCCUCGCAAUGUUAUUGCCUUGUAAGUUACAGCAUGCUCCUUCGUCGAUUGAUUUGUUUCUGUGAUAAAGUAAAAUGUUAUGUCGUUCUCUCGCCGUUAUGGCGAUAUCUGGAAUGUUUGUUUCAAAGGCUAUCACAUGUGUGUCUCUCUUGAGGGUGUCAAAGAAAGUUAAAAAUAGCAAGAUGUCUUCCCAAGAUCACGUACUGGAUUUGAUUUACUAUUCUAGGUCAACUGCAUGCCGUACGACAUGAAAACAUAAUGUCCAGCUGACCGAUACAUACACUUCCGUGAGAUUUUAAUAUAAUUUCAUGGUUGUCCUGAAUCAUGCACGGACCGCGUUCGAGAGAGAUUGAAAAUUGCAGUUAUCUCCCCAUUUAGUGUUUAUGAAAGAGGGACUUAGAUGAUUUUUCGAAACUACCAAUCCGCCAAGAAAGUUUGACUGUUUGAAUGAAAUAGAUACAGCUAAAAAAUUAGAAGGAGACGCUGGUAACGCAGAAGAAAGGAUAACACGAUUGUAAUAAAUUUAUGGCUGAUUCAUCUGGAGAGAAUGACGGAGUCCUCUGUGAGGCUUUGCAAACCGAACAAAUUUUAUUCGUAGCAUUGUAUGAUUUUAAUUCGGUUUAUGUUUUAUGUUUACACGAAUACUGAGAUAUCUCCUGGAAUGAAACGUUAUCGCAUCAGUACGUUACUAUAAUUUUUAACACGCUCUUGAGCCAAAAUCAUUAUUGAAUUUUUACUAUGGUUUUAAAAGGUCCUGUCGAGCCUGGUUUUGACAUCGCAAACCGUUAAAGCUUGUCAAAACCUUUUCGAUCCAGAACAUAAAAAAUACAUGAAUCAAACAAAUAUAAAUCGGUUCAUAACCACAAGCCUCUGUGGUAUUUUUCGUUUUAAAAAAAUCUUAAUAAGCAAACCAUUGUGCGAUGUUCGAAUGUCAUCGUUUAAUUCGGCCUUUGCUAAGUUGGAUCUGAAUUAUUUGUUAGAUUUUCUACCCUUUGACAUUUACCUCUAUGUUUUCAGCAACUUUAUGUCUGCCAUAUAUUACACAUCGUCGGCACUGCUGAAAAUUAUGAAAUAGCAAAGCUACUCAAGGAUUUUUUGUUGUUUUGAUCUUGGAAGGGGUAGAAAUCUUUAGGAAAAGCAGUGGAAUUCUCGUGGUAUCCUGAAUGCCGGCACUCAAGCUGUACAGAGCUUCCUGAUAACAAGCGAGGCAAUUCCAUCUGUCUUCAUGUCUAUAUAUGUUCUUUGCUAUUCGAUAAAUUUACUCUUCGGUCACUUUAGAUUGUCACAACGUCAAAUACUUUGUUUAUAUUCCUAAUCCCGAGUGCAUAUUCUCAAUUUCAGAGAUAUGAGUGACAACAUGAUAAGCGAGCUUAGAAACUUCACGUUUUCAAGGUUUCCCAAUCUGACUAAACUGUAAGUACAGCUGUUUUAAUUCACUUUGUCUAUUUAGCUUGAUAGGGCACUCUUUGUUAUCAAAGUAGAAAAUUAAAUUAAAAUAACUGUCCGGCCUCUUUUAAACAGACAUAUACCGACUGCGCUUGCGUUUCGUGAUGAUGCGUUUAUAAAAAAAAAAAAAAAGUGCGAGCUAUUUAAACAAUCAGCCUAUUGUAAUCUUUUACUUUAUACUGAAGUACUGGGGGUAAGACUUUAUGGCAGCUUUCUCCGAUUUUGUAACGUUCUUUUGCAAAGCCGAGUUUUUCAGUAUUUCCUUUUGUCAACAUUAAAGAUAUAAAUUUCACGACCUCUUGCUGGGUUCAGGGUGUGAAAUGGGAUAGCUGAUGGAUCAAAUAAGCAUGGAACGUACUAGAGUAUUUCAGCUGCAAAUAUAAAAUGACUAAAUCUUGACGAUUUCACCAUGUGUAGUUAUUUAAAUGACUUUGUGUGCAUCAGACGUAUUUUUGUUUUGUUAAGAAUUUCCGAAACAUCUCACCCUCUCCCCAAGUUAACAACUUGACAAAGAAACUUUGUUUUGCUUUUAAUUUUAGAAGCCCCUUGUUGAUUUUAGAGCUUAAUUUCGUCUAUGCCUCUGGCUUUUAAAAUUGUUUUCAAAUGCUCCACUUUAUUUUGAAAAGGAGAAAGAAAACAUCUAUUCCUAGGAUAAAUACCCCAGUCUCCAACUUUGCGAAUUUCAUUGUUUUACCCACUUGACCAUUUUUCCGCGUUUUUAAUCUCUUACCUCCGAUUCAACUAGCGAGGAUUUUCGCCUGAAACUGGUAUGCACUUAUUGAUAACAAUAAUAUCUGCUGUCCAUUUUUUCUCUCUGUCGUGUCAAAUCACAUAAUCAGAAGUAUAAUUUAUUUUGAUUACCCAAAUUGGAUCAGGUCUCUUCCAUUAGGUUAGAAGUAUUCCACAGUCACUCUACACUAUCAAUGGCACAUACUUGCAGACGACGAAAGAUGUAGGAUAUAAUUUACUAAUACACACCUAUAGACCUUUCCGCGUGAAAAAGAAGUUAUUGGGAAACAGCUUGCGAUCGCAAUUAUAUUCUUUUAACUCAAAGCGAUUCAACAGAGUGCGAUUGGUUGUCAAUGCUUGUGAACAGCGAUUUAAGGAAUCUGUUCUGGUUACUUGUUUGUUUGGUUUUAGUUUUUUUUUGCGGCAAAACGUCUGUAAACAAGUAAGGUUUACGUGUGUUUAAAAAUAACCCUUCCAAAAUGGGACUGUAGUUUUAUAAAUACGCUGUGAAGGAAACCUCACGUCUGCAGGAAAUGGUUUCAGCAUAACAUCAUCGUAGAAUUGAAGUAUCAAACCCUGUCAUAACCACAAGUUUGAUAACUGAUAUUUUUAAGCGACAACUGUUUUUCAAACAAAAGCGGGUUCGAAUAUUCGAAAAAUGAAUGUAGCACUUUAUUAUUCUUAACUUUGUCUGCCAGUUUGAUAUGACUCAUUAAAAAGUUUUUAAACUUUUACUUGAGGUUACAAGCCGGAAGCGCAGACAGCCUUUCGCCUCUCUGUUUUGACAGCAAAAAACGCCUUUUAGUCGGGGAACAUAAAAUUCAUUAAAAAAAGAUCACGAAUUUCGUUAAUUUUGUAAGAAAAAAAGUCGCACUUUUACUUCAUAAGGAAAGAAACACGUGAAAUUCUGCUCUUACCUUUUUCUCUUUCCAUAUUAUAUCCUCACAUGAAAAUAUUUGCUGGUAUUAACCGCGUUGGCGUGCAAGCUGGCGGUAUACAACUUCAACUUUAAGUGUGAGAUCAAGUGGAGGUUAUUCAACACUAACGUUAGAAGGAUCUUUACUCUUUAGACGCUAUAACGACGCUAUAAAUUUUGAUUCAAAACUUUCUUUUUGAGGACCAAGAAAUUUCUACUAUACUGAUCAUUUUGAGCAUCAAUUUUCGUGUUUUCUUAUGAAUUAUAGAUUUCUUUUUCCAGUGUUGAUUUUCGCCUGAUCCUCGUGGGAUGUCAAAUCUCUUAUCGGCUCAGAAGCGAUGGUAUCUUAUUUUUGCUAAACGCUUUAAACUUUAAUCUGCUUCUCGGCCUAAUGGAGAACAGUUUACAUAGAAGCAAGUUCUCGAAAUAGCAAUUAUACUGCACGCAAUCUCGCUGGGCAGAAAUUUUGACACUAGAAAUUCCAUUAAACUGAAUUAUAUGUUUAAUGCGACAAUUUAAGAGCUUUUUCAAGGUAACCCCGUUUCAGAAGAGCUUUAAAAUCUCGAAAAUACUCGCUUUACUUGACAAAUCUCCACAGACGAACUGACGGCUGUAUAAGAGGAGGUUAAGAAGUCAGCCUUUUUCAUGAGCAUUUUUGUUUUCCUACCGAAGCAACAGACAAAUUUAGGUCUGACGACCACUCAAGUUGUUGAAAAAUGACAAUUUAUAUUUCCAUUUGCUUUUAAGGUCGGUAAUCUGUACGACUUUGUCAAAAGUUAGACAAAAGAAAUGACAGAGGAUGGGCCAUGAUCUGUUAUAACAGUUUUGCAUUGCCUAGUGGUGUAGUAAUAUAUAUUCAGUAAAGUUUUUUUUAGGUAAAAUCACGAAGGAAAUGAAAGGUACAAAUUAUGAUGUAAUUUGAAGACGGAAGGGUGAAUAUCAGUACAAUUAAAGAAAUUUUCCAGAGAAGCAAUGCGGUCGUUUUUUUUUUCGGAAACCUUCAAAUGAAUAAGUAGUUAGUUUGAUUAAGUCCACAGAAAUAAAAUAGUAAAGACAGGAAGUGCGCGAUCUUUCCAUUCAAUUUCAGCUGUAAGCGGAAAACUUUUCAAUUGACAAAAGUGAAACGUCUACAGCUGAUAACAAAAUACUAAGGAUUCAAAAUUAUGGAACAGUUAUCCGGCGCUUGCUGAUGCCCCGAUGUAUUGUAUUAGUCGAUGCAACUUAUAAUGCAUAUGGCAUGCUGGAGAUGACAUAUUGCAUAUUAUCAUUAGGCAUCAAGAUCUUCAAAAAUUAUUUCUGUCCCAAUUAGGCAGAUGACGGUCGCACAAUGAAAUAAAACCCAUAUCCAAAAAGUGUAAGUCAAAAUUUGUGGGUUAUAAUUUCUAGCUGGUACUUUUAGAAGUUCAGUUGUUUGUACUUGAGGUUCGCUUAUUACGCAAUCGUGGAGUGUUAAUAGGAAAGUACAAAGACAAUGGAGGGCAGAUCUAUUUUCAUAGCUACACAGGAAAUUGGUAUAAAGUCAGGGUAUUAAAUCAUUGCCAAAUAAGAAAGAUUCGGAUAUAAAAAUUUGGGUUACGGACAAUGUUUGCAAAAUUUGCUGUUCUAGAAAGUACCCUCCUCAGUCAUCAGCAUGUGUGCUUUGAAAGCAGGCGAGGAAUCUGCUCAUUAUAUGCUCAUUUGAUCCCGUACAUUGUUCUUCUCCCCAGUUGUUCAAACCAAAAAGCCUUGUACAUUCAAGUACAUAUAAACAUGCAUGUCAAACUCGUUAUACACUAAGUUAUCAGAGAGCAAUACGUUACGCUCAUACAAAACUUUGUUUAAUAUAUUCCAAGAAUGUCAUACCCUGAAAAAUUCGUAUAUAGUCGUCGACAAUUUUUUUCUGUUGUCAUUGAAAGUAAUUCGCCAAGGUUGGUCAUCAUUGAAAAUUGUUUGCCGUGAUAGAUUUCUUCACCAGCUGAGGAAAUAAAAGUAACUCGAAUAUUAUCAGAGAUAAUUUAUAUCAGAGAGAAUAAUUAUGAGCAGAAUUAAAAAUUUUAAGACACCAAAAUUGCUUUAAGGCAGGUGUGUCCAGAAUAACAGUUGUCAUCUGAAUGAAGAAUUCCAAUCUUUCGCGGAUGUUCAAAGAGCUCACCUUUGUUCCUAUUUCUGUUUUUCAUUUGCGCAGUGGAAUUUUGGUGCAAAAAUAAUAAAAGCAAUUGAAAAAUUACUUCAUUUCAGUACAUGUCUUUUUCUGUUUUCUUAUUAUAUAUUUCGAUUCCAUAUUCAUAACACUGAACUGCAAAUACAACAGUCGUCCUAACUUUGAAGGUUUUCCAACAGGCUUUGUUCAGUCGAAUUUGGUACGAAACGAAUCCCAUAUGACGAUACUUUGUAAACUUAUUUGUAAAUCAUUUCAUUCAGGAUGAUGAUAACCAUGAUAAUAACAGUGAUGAGGAUAAUGAAAUAAGUUUCUUCAUAUCUUAUACUUUCUUUUUUUCUCGCGAAGCUUUUUAGUUCUCCCGAACUAAAAUUGAAAGUCUUUUUCGCGCACCAUCUUUAAAUACCGAAACAUAUCAGCAGCAAGGAGUCUUUCGUUCUCUCAAUGUUUUAUUUUUGGAUAAUCAGCGUAAAAAUUAACUGACCACCUCUUUUCACUCUUUCCUUUCGUAAAACACUAUUUUCAAAUGGCUUUGAGACAAAGAAUUGCGUAUCUGAAAAACAUAACUUGUUUCAUAAAUCUGGUCUCGUAAUUUUUUUCGAGUUGUUACAAGACUAGUCGCCCAAGAAACUACGCAGCGUAGUCACCGCGUAUCGUGUCUAUCGUGUCUUUCGUCAAUAUAGAGGAAGCUGAGUUGGAAUUUUGGCGACAAACAGGGAUUAGGUCUCCUUCUUACAAAGCUCACUGCAGCGAAAACGUCCAAACUGUAGCUGCAGCCUAAGAAUAUCAUGACAGUUAACGUAUUACGAAGAAAGAUACCAAGAAUAAAGGAAAGAAAUUGAUUGUACUCAAGUUUCAUAGAGUGUCCACUGAAAAAUCCCGCUGGGUACUGUAUAAGAAUGGUUUGCCUCCGGCUUUUGUCAUAGAGUUUUAAUAAAUGCUCUGUUUAUGCUCUUUAGGUAUUUAGUUUCUCUGGUUAGUUGGUCAUUUUCUUUCUUUACAUCUUAGUAGACAUUCAAUCAGCCACAACCAACUUGAUAGUGGUCUUCUCACAAGACAUGAUGCAUUUCAUUAUUCACUCGUUAUAUUCAUUCUCUAUUAGUUUCAUUAUUCACUCGCGAUUUUGAAUAAAAGCUCUUCGUUAAAAUUUUAUCAAUUUGCCAUGUGACUUCUUCGUAUAAUGCAUUUAUUUCUACGGUCAAAGAGAGCCGCAUUUUCCAGCGAGCCAUUAAAAAUUUUCUUCAAAGGCACGUUCAAUAUUUAGAAAAAAUUCGAUCAAUUCACAACAUCUGCUAUUGAUAAGACCCCUGAUGUGAGGCAUAACUGCCGCUCGCCCGUUUCCGUUCAUUAUGGAUUCGUUUUGACUAUGUGUUGAAUGAAGAACGCGUUGGAACAUACCAAAAACGAAAUCAAACCUAUUUUUAGUCUGUAUAUCAAACUUUUUGGUCAUGCAAUUUAGGUUUAAAAAUAAAGUACGGGCUUGCCGAAUCUAAUAAUUUUUUUCGAGGGGUGCACUGAAUUUCCCUAUGAGCUUGCUUAGUUCACCAUUAGUCAUAUCUGGAAACUCUCUCUCACUCCAGAAACAAAUUUGGUUACUUAUUUCAUGCCUCAAUAUCAAAAGACCUUCCAAAAAGUACAUUGAAGUGUGAUCGUUUCUGAUGAUCGACACGUAACGUAACUCUUUCUUGGUCUUUCUUUUGUCCGAUUGACAAAGUUGGUAAUGUUUUGGCGUGUAACGAUUUCCCCUAUCAUUGUUUAUUGAAGUGGCUCAAAGGAAUUAAAUAUUUCUUAUUUGAGUGAACAUUUGAAUUCUUAGAACCUCAAAAAUGAAUUAACAGAAGGCAGAGUGUAGAAAUAGAGUCCUCAAGAGAGAAAAGAUGUCCUUUGUGUGAUCGAAAGGGAAACAGAAACAGUUCAUAUUGCCUUCGGUCUGUCAUGAAUUAACUCGCCGAGUUACUGGAACACCAUGAAUAUUUUAAUUGCUUGGAAUGGUAAAAAUUUAUUACAAACACAAUUUGUAAUCUUAAAUGCGAAUAUAAAAUCUGAUAGGCUGAGCUAUCAUUGAUAUACAUUUAUUAGCCAAUAGUUCGCCGCAAUGACUGCAGAUCAAAGUUCUGUUAUGUACUCCCUUAACACUCUUCGCCGUUUUGGUGUGGGUUUCAAUCUGCUUUAAUGAUAUCAACAAUUAAAUUUUCGCCCAGAAUUAGAAUUCUAUGAAGUGAUGGAACAAAUACCUAAUUACAAUACGAUAUCACAUCAUAGUAAUUGGCACCUAAUCAGGAGCAUUUUAAUCUAAUUGUUUUAUAGAGCUGUUAUCGUCAAGCAAAUUUAUCCGAACCUCAAUAGGUUUCCUUGUCAGCGUAGGGUAAAUUUGUCCUGCAUUUACCGAUCUUAAUUGGUUUAUGAGCUUAGUGAUAUAUUUGAAAUUAAUUAAAAGAUCUUCGAGAGAAGAUCAAACUGGUUGCGGUUACUGAAAUCUUAUGGCCAAGCUGGGCGGAUAAACUUAUCUUAAUGACCCAAAUUUCUCGUGAGAAUAUUCUCUUGUGCUGCUCAGUUGCUGUAUAACGUGAUUUAACAUAUUCUUAAUUUAAUAUUGGCUUUUGCUUUGAUUGUAAUCUUUAACGGAUCAAGAGGCAUUCACUCUAAACUACAAGAGAUUGCGAUAAGGCAACUAUUGAUUAAAUCAGUUCUUUGUGUAUUUUGUGUUGUGUUCUGACCUGUUUGGAUUGUAGAAAAAAGACUAUCGUUUCGUGUUGGUGAAGCGAAGAACUUUCCUGUUAACCUGUAUUGCUACCAGGAAAGACUUUUCUCUUAAACAUGUCAGGGUGUUUUGGCCAUGCUGUUUUUUCGUUAAUCCAAACGUGGUUUCGCACAGGGUUAAUGAUUGCGGUCCAGGGCGUUAGGGGUCGAAUAGCUGGAGUCAACUGGUUAAACUUGAGAUCGGGGUCAGUUGAAGCACUUGUGCACAGAGUAAUAUUGAGUUCUUAAACAAGGCUUCUGUGGCUGAGGUUGUUACCACUGUUGACUUAGUAUCCGAACUUGAAUGUCAAUAUACCAUAAGUAAUUCCUUCAGAUUGUUUUUGGACAAUAUUUGAAAAACCCCGUCAAAGCACGUUUCAAAAAAUUGAUUAAGAAUAAUUGAAAAAUAAAUGGAAUCCAAUGGCAGGAAUUGUUCGUCCACUGUACCUAGAGCGAACAGAAUCACAAUCUACCCAUUCCUACUUUCUUUAAAUAUCAUUUCACACUAUUCCGUUUGCUUUCAUAAAAUAAUUUUUGUGAAUCUUUUCGAAAUAAUUCAAUAGAGAUUUGACAGGUGCCUUGUUGAGGAAAAAAUCCUUCUCGGGCAAUGUGUGAGACAGUAAAGGUUAAAAGACGAUAGUUUGAUGAAAUUCAUAUUCAACUUUGUGGUCUACUGGUUUGGAAUGUUCUGUACAACAAUUGCAAAGUUAGGCUAAAUGACCCCACUGUGUUAUGAUAAUAAUCGACUUUUUCUCAGGCUUGCAAAAUUACUAUCAGUACAAAUUGAGCUAAAAAAAACGCAAAAUUUUGUUUCGCUAAUCUAUGAAUCAAUCAGGUAAAAAUGAUAAACCAAACAGAUGAAAUAAGAUUAAGGCGUUUGAUUACAGGACAGACUGACCCGAGCAUCAAAGCUUACUCUUCAAGUUGCCGACAACUUUGAAAAGACGUUAGAUGUUUGACAGACAGUCAGUUUAACACUUUCACCUGUACUUGUCUCACGUUAUUAGAAUUCAUCUUUUUUCAAGAGAAUUUGGCGGCUUACGACCAUUUCUAAUUAUUAAUAAAAAUGAAAGGAAGCCGAUAAGCAUUAAAUUACCAAUUUAAGAUAAAGUCUUCUGCGCCCUGUUACUAGAACUUUUUCGAUCGUUUUUUUGUUAACGCAAAGUUUAAAAGUAACGCGGUCAUAUCUUUCAUGAUAAUGUAGAAAUCAUUUUGUUUUCGGUUCUUUUUUUUACAAACAGUGUAACUCCUCACCGUUAUACGUGAUUUGUUGUGGUUUGGUUGGGUUAACGAGAACCUUGGUGUGAAUUUUGCGGUGAAAAUAGUAUCAUUCCUUUCAUUUUUAAUCUGCUAUGAUAGACAUCUAGGUCCUAAUAAUAGUCUUUACGUGUUAUUAUUAGUUUUUUUUAUUGAGUAAAGCUUUUCGUUCAUGCUCAAUUAUGAUUUUUUGUAUUCCUAGAAAAUUCCUUUCUAAUUUAAGUGCAUGUUAAGCCAACUGAUGAUCAAAGAGCACAUGUAUUGUUGGAUCCAAAGUGUCAGUCAGCCUACAAAAUAAUGAUGAUCUGUGGAAUUCUUGGCUUAGGGUUUCUUUGCCGUCGGGCUUUGACAUUGCCUCAUCAGAGAAAAAAACGUGUUUAAAAGUGUUUAUCAACGCUGUUUUGUGUUUUUACAAUUAAAGCAUAAUCACACGCAAUUUUAUAAUGAGCUAGAUUACAUUAGAUUUGUUUAAUCCAAAUGAACUCCUGCAUGAGGAUGCUAAAUAGAUUACCAUAAUUCUAGAGGAUGCGUUUAAAACUUUCCUAGUGCGAAAUUUAUUAUGCUUCUAGUAGAGAUCUAUCGAUUUACCCUUAGGCAAGGCGACUGGUGUGCAACAUGCUAUCGGGCGUUCUUUUCCGGCGGGGGUGCUAAGCUCGGGGAGGGGAAAGUCGGCGUAAGAAGGGAAAUGAAAGAACGUUUGAUCCCGUGAUCCCGCUUCCGCUGGCUUACAUUUUGUUCUUUUUCGCGCUCCCGUCUUUUAGCGCGUGAAAUAAGUACAAUACGAUGAUAACUAAUGGGUAAGAUGGAGUUAUAGUUUCACUUAGGGUGGCUUCAUUUUUAUGCUCUGAAACAAAAUUAGUAUCCAAGAGUCAAGUGUACUCUGCCAUCCUCUCUUUUCAACCGGAAAGAUGUGAUUAUUUUUUAAUCAAAAAUAAGAUGCAAUUCUUCAAAUUAUUAGCUUACCAGUAGGGGUGUUUUGAGCAUAAGAGGCUAAAUUAAAUUUGCAGUGUCAUGAUUUACCAAACCUCCGCUACUUGUUUUAAGAUUUGGUGGAGCUGCGCUUUAUGUGCUCUUCUCGUCUUCUCUCAUUGUUCGUGACUGUUCUGCUAAGGUUUUCACAAAGCAAAUGAAAAGGCAACUCUGAAGUCGUGGGCAAAACAAAUUGCUUGACUUGUCUUACAUGAAUUCGAUACUCUAAAAAAACCCACAAUGUCUUUAUUUGCUAUUUGUGUCAAUCUGUUCCAUCGCAUUAAUCAUCUUCACUGCCUUCCGUUGUAGUGUUUCUUCCCUUUGUGGUUUUUUUUAUUUUUCCAGACUGAUAAUGCGUGGUUUUAUUCCCACAAAAGAUAAUUAUUCUCGCCUUAGAAAGUACGCGAAAUAUCGUGAGGUACCCAACUACUUGCUGACUGUUUGCCGGCUGAAAGAAGCCGCCCAUCUGUAACUGGGGAUUAAUUAUGUCAAGCUAAACGAAAUAAUACAUGGAGUAGCGAAUAGCACUCAUAAGAACAUCCGGUAUUAUCUUUGUCUUGAUGAGAGAUGCAGACAACAGAAAACUUUUUGUUUCUGAACGUUUCUGAAAAUAGCCAGAUAACUUCCUCAAAGCUUUUAGUUAAGGUCAUCUGAAGUCCAAGCUACCACACACGCUUUCACUCUCCCAGGAGGUAUAUAGAAAGCACUUAAUCAUUUGAAUUGACUUAAACAUGUUUUAAGAAAACAAUGUCAUAAUAAUUAAUUGUCGUUACAGUCUUUUUUCUACUUUAAAAGGCAUAUUAAGCCAACCGUGAUCCAGAGGGUUUUUUUUUUAAGAUGACCCAUUUGUGCGUGUUCAGUAAUCUCGAGAGUUCCUCCAACUCUCUCAUUUUAGACAAUGAAAUUAUUGUGCGUCAUUAAUUUGCCAUGCUCUUGAGAGAAUUUAUCAAGAGGACUUGUAGCGUACAGGCUUCUGAUGGGUUAAAAAUAUCGAUGGACGGAAUGCUAAUUUUCUUCAUGUUGUUAUCACGUGAAAGGGAGAGUAUCAACUCAGUCAAAGAUCACAUUCAAAACAAUCAUAUCCGGCGACGAAAAAAAAAAAAAAACACUAAUUAGAUCAAAUUUUAUCCAGAGACAGGGGACACUGCAAUGUUAAAAUUGUCACUUGAAAACCCCCCUGCGAGAAAAAAAGUCAUUGAAAAUAUAGAAUCAAUGAUUGUCUUCAAAUUGAAUUAGAAGUGUACCGUAGUGUAAUAACAUUACAACAAAUAAUUGAGUCAAGACUCCUAGUUAAGACAGGUAAAAACAGAUCAAUCUGAGCGAGACCAAUUUUUCCCGAUGUUUCUGUCUUUUCUCUGAUGUUUGUUUGGCCGCUAGCUCCUACACGAUUAUAUAAUGUUGCGUCUAGGUCGACGAUGUUGUUGUAGUUUUGAAAGAGUUACUGGGACAACCUGUUAUAUAUUACAGGGUACAUAAGGAUUUACACGAAUUAAUCACCAAGUUGAAAGAGGAUGAACACAUCAGACCACAACCUUACCAAAGAGGUCUAUUUCGGUGGUAGUCAGGUCACAGAAAGCCGGCGCAUGAUCAAAGUACUGGGAAGUACGUAUUACUAUGGCUUACGAGAAAUCAGAGCUCGUGUCGAAAGACAAAAGCAAUUCAGUUUAUUAGAUUUGUACUCUCUGUUGUGUUCUGCCACACAAGACGCUUGAGACAUAGCUGAUGAACAGGAUAAUUUCAUAUUGUAAGCCAGCGUAUGGCUUUUGACGCCAUGAAUUGGGUCUUCUUUGGCUUAUUAGUUACAUCGCCCCUGGCCAGAAGGAGGAGAGCUAAACGCAAAUGGAUUGUUUACAAAGAGAAACAUAUUAGAAAAACUGUCCUAAAUGAUAUUUGCCAAGAGCACUUUUGCAAAACUUUCGCUUUUUAAUUUUGUCGCUAAAAAAGAAGUUUUUUUUUUACAAAACCAAUUCAGCCGAAGAUUCGUGGAGAACAAAAAAUAAUAAUGACUUUUAGCUCAAAUUCAAACAUAUCCUGUAAAUGUGAAAUGAAAAUAUUUUCUUUCAAAGCGGCAACUUUGAAACAUUAGAAAAUUACUGCGUAUAAUCCUUAUUUCCUUUUGCAUGUGGGAGUUUUUCUGUCUGAAAAUUUGAUUUGUGGUCCUAAUUCAAACACUUUGUGUUAUUUAUCUAUCAUGAUAAGGUGCCGCAAAAAAAAUCAGCUUUAAUUUUAAUGUGGAAAAUAGCAUUGACUUCACCACCCACACAGUUAUCGGCAAGAUUUAGAAAUCAGCAAUGGUUUUAUCUCAAUUGCCGAGUUAAAUUUUUUGAAGGAAAAUUUUUUGUUUGAAAAGUUUUACGAAGUUUUAAAAUGUGGAUACGCGUUUGAAGGAGGAAAGAUUGUGAUAUUUUUUAUUCAUUCGUCGUGACGUUACCUUCAGAUGACAAUAUAUCAGUUUGUUAAGGAAAAAAAGUGAGGAGACCUGAAUGUUGAAACCAAUAUGGAAAAAAGAUGGCUAAGAAUGAAGAAUAUUUCAAAACUGUAAAAUAUGUUGCAAGUGAAAAACUAAAAAGAUGUAGGCUAAUUUUUCCAGUAUAGUGUACAGAACAUACCAAUACUCGUUUAAGAAAAUGGUUCUUAAUCAUAGGUGGAUAAAGCAAGAUAAGCCCCCGAAGCGAGUUUUAAAAAACCGACGUUUAUAGCAUAAGCUGAUGGUUGGAGCGAAAUUCUUUUACUCGCCCACUGACACAGCACAACAGUUUGUUUAGAAAUCGUUUCUAAACGACUUCUAAACGACUUCUAAAAAGUCAGUUCAAAUACAAGUGAAUGCUCGUCCAACUAUAGUAAUUCCUUUAAUGAAACCCCUCUCGGAAAUGUAUCCUACCUUUGUUUCUCUUUCCUACCACGUUAGAAGGAAAAUUAUUUUACUUUUUCAGUCGUAAAUCCUCAGUUAUCCUUGAAUAUGAUUCCGAGAGCUUAUCCACUGUCUGAUGUACGUUCACGAGGACAAUGUUCCAAGUUUCUUCAAUAGGUUGGCCGUUUAUAACUAUAACAAGACAACUUUUGAAAUAAAACCCCACACUGCUUAUGUAUUGUUAAAGUGAGUACCAACUAACUCUCACGGGAAUACGAGUUUCUCAGCGGUGACCUUUGAUAAAUAAGCAACACCGUGUAGGAAGACCAAUAAUGCCCUUAGUCGCCUUAUACUAACGAAGUCAAGCUUCGGUAUGCCGUAAGGGGCUAAUGACGUGCUCAUGACGCUCACAAAAGUGUUCUUGCUUCUCUCUUUUCUUAGGACUUUGAAUGGAAAUAAGCUGUAUCAUGUUCACCCUAAUGCCUUUGAAGGACUCAAGCAUCUCAGGAUACUGUGAGUUUUCGUUACCUCUGAAUGGCAAAUGAGAUUAUCUUUUACUCGGCAUUCUCUAUGAUCUGAGGUGUAACAAGAAUUAAAUAAUUUGACAUUAACCUCGCAUAUCUUGCCUCUUAGAUCACUUAAAGAUAAUGACUUAAAGACUUGUCCAGAGUUUGGAGUUCACCUGAAAUCCUUAAACGAGCUGUAAGUACUUGAAUACCAUAUCAUAUUGAUCCACCUAAUAAUUAUUUAAACUGAUUUCUUUCUUUUUUCUUUCAGAUAUUUAACAGGGAACAAAAUGAACACCAUUAAAGCUGGGGUUUUCAAAGAAGUUCCGAAUAUUGAGCACCUGUAAGCUAAAAUGACUGUUACGUGGUUUUCAAUGACAUACUUAUAUCUGGACCCUUUCCUGUAUUCAGAUAUCUUUAUUGACUUAUUCAUUUAUUCAUUAUUUUUGCUAUUUUGUUUCACGAUUCUUGCUGAAGUACAUUGCUAACUCAUACCUUUAAUACCUUUGAUACAUUUUGUUGCUGUUUUUUUUUCUUUAAAUGUUCCUUACUGAGAGGGAUCAACCUGAUGUUAAUAAUGGAUCUGUUACAGUUACCCAUGGCUAUGACUUAAACGUUUCGAUUUAAAAGAGCCUCACAACUUUUUUUCGAGUCCUUAUUUUAUCGCUUCGCAGUACUUCCUUAGACUUGAAGGAGGUUCCAAAAUUUUAGCCGACAAGAUACAAAAGAAUCAUCAAUUGGGGUUUAGGUCAGUGGGGCCAUACUCAGUAAACAUGACCACAGUCCGACUUUUCUUAAACUCAAGCCUUUUUUAUGUUUUUCUCCAAAGUACCUGUUAUCGGGAGUCCAAUGUAUGUACUUUUUCUUUAUUGUUUUUUUAUGGUACGUACAUUUUUUAAAAAAUAUUUACCCUUCUAUUCUUGUUUUUAGCUGGCUUGAUAACAACAACCUAACAGAAGUCCCAGCGGAAGCUUUGAAAAGUCUAAAAGAACUUAAAUAUUUGUAUGUAUGCAACUUAUUUUUAAUUCAUACAGUAAAUGGUUUAAACCCGGGGGUAACAAGUUAUAGUGUGCAAGGAAGACUUCAUCCGACGAAACAGUCACCGAACUACUACUACUAACGAAGCUAACGACAACGCAACUCCUACGACUACAGCGACUAUACCGUACAUAAAGGACAUAUCUGAGAACAUCUUUUGCAUCCUAGAACCCUUCAAUAUCCGCGUUGCUCACAAACCCAUUACCACACUACAUCAGUAACUGACUGACGUCAAAGACGAACUGAGGAACAGACAGGGAGCAGUUUAUAAGAUCAAUUGCUCCGACAGCCACGCCUCCUACAUCAAUGAGACUGGCAAUAACCUUACAACUAGACUGACUGAACACAAGCGAGCGACGAGGAAAGGCGAUGUCAACAAUCACAUUGCUGAACAUCACCGACUUACGAACCAGACUAUGGACUGGGACUCGGCGCAAUACCUAACCAACAGCACCGACUACUUUCAACGACUGACUCCGGAAAGCUGGUUUACUAACUAAGAAAAGACUCCUCUCAACAGGUGUCAACCACUACCGGCACCAUACAAACGACUCAUUCACGACAUUAACAUUACAAACGAACCGAAAAAAACGACCUAACUUCACUAACGGAUCGAGACCGACCAAUCACCACCAACGACGAACGCUAGUUGAGUCUUACAGCCAAUAACAUCACGGUAAAACUGACCAAUUAGUUUCUACAAACCGGACUUGGAACAUUCGACUGACAACAACUAUUUACUUGACUCUGAUGACGACUUCCGCUCAGGUUUCGAAACGUCAAUCACCACUACCGACAACAGUCCUUCUCAGGACUUCACUCACCCGAACGAUCAAACUACACUAUUACUUAUUUUGUAACUAGUUUUUCCUCCGUUUAAUAAAUAAAGGGUUGACUUAAUUCUCCUUUUUUUUUAGGAAUCUUGAGUCAAACAAGAUUCGCAUAAUAAGAAACAGUUCUUUCCAAAGUCAGUCCAAGCUUGAGUCGCUGUGAGUAUUUUAUUCCUUCAACAUUCUGAUAAAAAUGUCAAAAGUAAAAAUAGGACUAAAGGGUUACAAAGGGUGGGAAGCUGGGUUCUCCCCAAGAAGGCUAAGCAACCUCCUGUAUUUCUGGCACUGAGCACUUACAAGCUCAUGAGUUGAAGUCUCGAAUGGAAAGAAUACCCAAAGUACAUAAUUUCAGCUCCUGAGACUGCAGUAAAGAGCUACAGCCAGUUGCAAAAGUAGUUGAGACAUAUUACCUUGACAAGAGAUAAUUAUUCACCAUGUGAUCCAACAUAAUGUAUUCCUCUACUCCCUCCCCUCUUUACAAUGUUUCUAGCUUAGCAGUAACAUAACAUCUACAAAACUUCGAUAAACAACAUGUGAAUUGAGGAAGGAGGGCAGAUUCUGUUUUUUUUUGGUACCCAAUUUCUUGGCCAUUUGAUGAAAUCGGUAAACGCACUUUUUUCUCAAUGACCUCCGUCGUGUAGACGUAUGGUACGAGGAAGAUGAUAUGAAGAGAAACCCAGCAAAUUACCAAGCAAUUGUCAUGGUAGCAACGCAAACCGCGCCUCAGUUUUAUCAUCAAAACACCGUUACCAAAUCCCCAUUAUUGAAGAGUGGAAUACCUGUAAAUUAGCUGGUGCGUCAUUUCAUUACGUAAUGUCACACUUGAAUAGCUAAGCGUAUCACACGAUAAACUUAAAUUGUAUUUUAAGGUGUCUCAACAUUUUCGCAACUGGUUGUCGUCUAACUGACACUUAAUGUACCAAUAAUAGUUUUUGGUUUUAAGUACAGACAAAGAAUGAAAUCCAUUCGUGUCCUUUUUCAUUCCUUUUACUUAAUAUUUUUAAUUUUCCUUUUUCUUAUUUGGUGAAGAAUAUGUUUCAACAAUGAAAUAAGGGAGAUCGAAGACGACGGAUUCAAAGGGCUAGACUCUUUGAAGUAUUUGUGAGUAUAUGCUAAAGCUAUUAUGAUUUUACCGUCAUUUUUAAGAAAUUCAAUGCUAGGUUUAAAUAGCGAACUAAGUAUAGAUAUACCCAAAAGAAACGUGAUACUUACCAUACUUCCGUCUCGAGCGCAUAUUUUCGUAUGGUCACUUCUAUAACAGUGGUAAUUUUGCACUAUAGCAACAAAAAAAAGGCUCCAUCAAUGGAAAAAGCUCAGUAAAUUUUGUUUUUCUUCUUUGUUUUAGAAGCUUGAUGGAUAAUAACCUUAGCCAAGUACCUGUUUCUCUCAAAGAUGUCAAGACCAUUUCCCACUUGUAAGUGUUUUCGUAUUCUUCGAUCAGGAACAAACUAUGAAGUGAGUCUGAGGACAAUGUUAAUGAACUUGCUGAACAUCAAAUGACGUCAUUUCAAUGUUUGACUUACAUACUGCAAUCUGGUAGUCAUGACGUCAGGCUCCGUCUAGGCCUUACUGCUAUUACUAUAAGUGCAGUUGACCUGUGAGGAUCAUUCAUACAGCGCUAUUGGAUUGGGAGUCAUAAAACAUAAACCAAAGAAAUCACAACGGCCAAUCAAAGGAAAGGAAAAAACCCUGAGGAGCCUAUGAGAUCUCAUAGUGAAAACAUAGUGAAAACUAAAGCGCGGGAAAACGCGGGUGACUAAGUCGCGGCUAGUUUUUGUUUUGUAUCUGAUUGGUUGAGGGUACGACGCGAUUUUUUUUGGACCAAUCACGGAGCAAAGCAAAAUAAAACCAAUGCAAACCCGAAUUACUGUCGACACCCAAUUGUAGUUGCUCUACAUUCUCAUGUUCUCACAGGAUUUAUUCCACAUAUUAUUUUUGAUUGACUUUAGUUUAAAAGAGUACUAGCUUUCAAGGAAAAAAAGCACUUUAAAUUCUUUUUUUCAACUUUAAGCAGUUUAAGAGAGGAUCAGUAUUCUGUUGUCCACACUCUGUGUUCGCAACUUGAGUUUUAUUUUUCCUUCCAAACAGGGAACUUAGUUCCAAUCCGAUCGAUGAAAUUCCCGACCAUGCGUUUAAGGGACUCGUUAAACUCCAGACGUUGUAAGUAUUGUUGUCGGAUAGCGCCCCUUCAUUUUUCUCUUAUUGUUUCAAAUUCCCUCUCUUUGAGUUUGUUUCCGUUGCUUUUGUAAUUCUUAAGCAACGUUCUCUAUGAGACCUGGAAUCAAAGCUGUCUAAAUUUUAAACAAAUAAAAUUUCCUUGCGAAGUCUUGAUGGAUGUGUUUCCAAAUGGCCCUUAGAAAGCAUACCAUUGGCCUAUGACCUGAACCAAAAUACGACCUUUUUUUAACCCCAUCACUACUAAGAUGUUACUAUUAAUUUUCGUCAUUGUUUAAUUUCAAAUUCAUUUUCUUUUUGCUUGAAAAUUUGUUGGAUUACUAAGGAUAAAUUGUCUUCUGGUCAGCCUGGGGAGUGAAAGAGUCAAGGUCUGUAACUUGUCACAGUUCAUUGACUUAUUUUUACCACUUUGCAGACGUUUCACUUGGGAGAAGCUGAACUCUGUUGGUCACAACGCUUUUGCCAACCUACCAAAACUAAAAACCCGACUGUAAGUUCUGACACAUUUUUGUGAAAGUUUAUUUUCCCAUAACGUUGAUUAAAGCCUUUUUUCCAACUUGAAAAGACUGAGGAGUAUUUUUUCUUCCCCGUGUUGCUAAAAAAAUACUUGCUAGUUCAUCACACUUCCCUCAAACCCAGCGCCUUUGGUGCCAUUUUUAACAGACAUUGGCGGCAUGGAUAACCUUUUGUGGAUAUUGAAUUAUCGAUGAGAUGUAUGGAUGUGAAAAGAAAACGAUCGAAAUAAUUACUUCGAUUCCAGCAUUAAACACAUUAAAUGAUGUUUUAUUCAUAUUUUAAUUUUUUUCGUUUUACUUCGAUGUUUUUCAGGAGACUGGUUAAUUUACGUUUGGAAAAAUUUCCAAACCUGACGGGCACAUCUUCUCUCCAGUACCUGUACGUAUUCCUGAAUAAUGUUUUUUUCUACCUUAGCAAAUGAUUAAGAAACGAGAUAUCUUUUGGUUGGAUUAAGUCAGAUAUAAAACUUCUUGACUUGGUCUUCUACUUCGAAUCUUUAUGACGGAUUAUGAGCUGAUGAUGAUUUGGUGGUCUGAUUGCUUUUGUUUGUUUCAGGACUCUGACUGUUAACAAAAUUAGAGAAUUACCUACGAAUCUUUGCCAGAAUCUGAAGGAAUUGGUGGAACUGUAAGUAGAGUAUAGUUGUACUUUGUCAAACAACUCUAAACGCACCCCUGGAUAUUAAGAAACGCAAAAUAACAGAAAGAUAAUAGAUUGGGUACCUUGCCUCUUUUUUCAACGAUUUUGCUAUUGCCGUUGUAAUGAAAGCAAGGAUGGUUUAACGAGAUUUUCAAGAGGACGUAAACAUCACAUUAGAUUUUAUCACUUUUGUCAAAACCUUCAACCUUUUUUCGUGGUGCUUUCAGCAAAGAUUUAAGUUCCGUAGUUCCAUGAACUUUGGUUGCUACCGUGGAUAAUCAGGCUUCUUCUCCUCAUCUCUACAGAACUCUAGAUUUCAACAAAAUUGAGCGUUUACCGGACCUAUCCGAGUGCAAAUCGCUGUCUGUUCUGUAAGUAUGACAUUUAGAACGCAUUACGAUUGAGUUGCGUAAAAUUCAGACCAAAGUAAUCAGAACGGUUCAUAAACAGAACAAAGGAAGAUAUAUAAGGAAACCUAUAAGAAACCAAAGUUAAAAGAUGUAUGCAGUCUUAAACGCGGGAAAACGCCUGUCAUCAAGUCAUGAUUGGUUUGGGUUCUGCAGCUGAUUGGUUGAAGGAGAGAUUCAAUUACUUUGCGCAGUGAAGCAAAUCAAUCUCUUGCCAUCUUUUCGACACUCGUUUGAAAGUUGUUCGCAUCUAUCGAUUCAUGUUAGGUUAUAGACCAGUUUAUGGAGAGAUAGUUGUACGGAUUUUACCUUACUUAACGCAUGUCUUGUUUUCUUCCAACAGAAAAAUUGAGCACAACGAGAUCACGUCGAUAGAAGGGUCCUUGCAAAAUCUGAAAAAUCUUAAAGACUUGUAAGUAACGCCAUUCAGAUGUGUAAUUAAUAAUUUUCACCGAAGUGGAGGUAGAUAGGUGUGUUGGUAUAUACCACACAGAAACUAAAAAAUUGUUCGUUUCUGUCAAUAUGCCGAACGAUGGUGGGAUAUUUUAAAAACUUUCCUCGCUCGAUUUUAUCUCAUCGACUCCUCAGAGGUGAAUGGGACUCUGCUUAUCGCCUCCGACCUAGCCAAUCAGCGCGCGCGAAAAGCACCGUUCACCGGUGUGUUAUACACUAAUGGUGAUUAGAAUGAUAAAUGGAUAAAUUAAGAAAAGAACAAAACGAAUAAACGGAUUAGUGAAAUUUCCAUGUGAAUAUGGAUACAUCCAGACUAGUCCUGAAUUUUACCAGAUUGGUGAGGAACAAGAUUGAAGAAUGUAAACGCACACCUACUUAAGUCAUCUGUUUUCUUUGCCACUAACCUCUUAGGACUCUAAAGGGAAACAAAAUCCAAAGCCUGCCAAGUCGGACGUUUGAAGGAGUCGAGUAUCUGGAGGUUCUGUAAGUAUUUAAAUAAAAAUAGCAAAUCCUGGAGAUGUGAAACAGGAGCUUUUACCUUUGGGUCCAAAGAAACAACCAUUGCAAAAGUGGGCGCUGGAAAUAAUUUUUUUACAUCUUAUCGUUACUAUUUGGGAAUUAUAGCUGACAUUAUCUUGAUGUUAAACGUAUUUAUUAUCCUUUCAUCGUAUUUUGUCUUUGUAGGAAUCUUGCGAAAAAUGAAAUCACACACAUUUCUGAAGACGCAUUUCCACAAUCAAAUAUGAUCGAAGUCUUGUAAGUACAUAACUUUUCCUUUCAUAACUCAUUGUAAUUCGUUUAAAAUUCCAGGUCAAAGGUACCUAACAUUUCUGACUGGAGAAACAACCAUCUCUAAUAACAUCCUCUCGGUUAUGAAUCAAUCAAAAUAGUCUCAGCCAAACGGCCUUUUGAUGCUCGGUGUGUAAACAUCAUUAAAAGGAAUAAUGAACACCAAUUAACCACAUAUAGGUUGGUGUCUGUAAAGCUUGAUAACAGCUUUUUAACUGCAUCAAAAUCAUUCUCAUAAUACUUCCCUUUGUUUUGCAAUAAUAGAUCAAUAACAAACACCAACUGGUUGAGGGAUGGGUAGGUGGGUGGUGAACCAAACCCAAUAUUAUCCAUGCCCGAAUUACUUAUUUACUAAAUCCGAAGUCGCGGUCUCCAGCUCAUUUCUAAAUACCCUUGCUAGUUUAUGGGAAAGCUCCAAGUGGAAUGUGUGUACUUAUUGACAUAAAAUGCAAUCUUCUGCUUCUUUUUUUGAACAGAAAAAUUGAGGAAAACAAAAUCACGUCGAUUGAAACGUCUUUCCAAACUCUGGGAAGUCUUAAAGAUUUGUAAGUGUACUUUGUUACUCACAUUUUGGAAUGGGCAUUUAUGGGAAAUUCCUUCAAUAAUUCGCAAUUAAACAAAAGAUCUCGACUUUUGUAAACCUAACAAGUAAGCGAAUUCGUGAGUUACAGAACAUAUAGAUAGAAUUAUGGAUAUCUUUAAUAUAAGUAUGAGAUAAGAAAAUGCCUUAAAAUGUAUCUGAAACUUUUCUUUCUGUAGAAGCUUAGAAGGAAACAAAAUCCAGGGCUUACCGAGUCAGACGUUCAAAGGAGUAAAGAAACUGGAAAAUCUGUAAGUACUAAAUGUCGACCAGAUCGUUCCAAAAUGAUUUUUAGUACGUCAUAACUAAGCAGGCGACAGCCCAUCAAGACUCUUGAUUUAAGGGCAUACAGAGUUUACUUCAAAUUGAUCGAUAUCGUUUUGUUUUAUGAAAUUCAGAGAAAAGCUGGAUUGUCACCCUCUGCAAGUCAUUUUAUUUUUCGUUUUACUAUGCCAUUAAACUUACACUGGCAUUUCGUAAUAUAGACCGCCUAAUCACACAAAUUUGAAAAUUGUUGCACGGGGUUGUGGAUACGCCAUUAGAGAUUCCCAUUGCUUAUUUGCAAUCAAGUAUUUAAGACCUCUCAUAGGAACUAAACAGCAUCAUAUAACUGACUAUAUUUUAGUGAUUUAAGGUCUCCAUGCGUGUGUUCUACAAAGGAAGAUGUGUUGAUUACACCCAGGGCUUUCAUCGGCGGGAACGAUGGUACGCGGGUGGAAGGGGGGGGUGAUACGAAACACCACAGUCCAAUGGAAGCCCAAAGUGGAAUCCAGCUAGAUACCGAUACGCAUCAUCUUAAGAGGGUGCUCUGAAUUGUUGUUUCAAUUCUUGAAAAAGUUGUACUUUGCUGUCAGGCUGAUCUUGUUGUUUAAAAUUCUCCUCGUAGAAAUCUUGCGGAAAAUGAAAUCAGGUACAUUGCUGAGGACGCAUUUGCACCGUUUGAGAUGAUAAAAUUCUUGUAAGUACAUACAUUCGUGUAUUCGUGAACUUUCAUCGUUCGGAGAUUAAUUUAUUUUUUAGUAAGAAAAAGAAAUUUUAAUAAGGAGACAUUUGUGGGGAAAUACGCUCAAAUGCGAUGGACUUCAGUUUUGUCGACAUGGGCAAGUUACUGAAACUUCAUUAAUAUUGCUUAAAAAAAUUAAACUUGCCAAAUACUUAUAUUCAGUGGAGAAAGGAAAGGGGAAGAUUUUACCACCAACCGUACAACUGAACAAAGUAAAAUUUCUGUCUGGAAAAACAGUGGCUUUUAACAGCAUGCCUUGAUGUAAUGGUCACGAACUGAUGGAUUCCCCCUGUCGAUUGUUAUAUGGACAAACCUAAGCCAGACUGUACAAAUAGAAGAACCAUGAAUUUGUAGCUUAGGAUGGAAAGAAGGGAAUGUGUGAGUAAUGGAAGGAGAAGAGGCGGGAGGGGGGGGGGGUCGAGCCUUAGAGCCCCUGUUUGUUGACCCACGUGAUAAUUUUUUUAUGAUAAAACAACGCGUCAUUUCCCCCUUACAUGUUUGGAAGACGCUCGUGUAGGAACCUCCUCCUGCCAACCCUAAACUAGGGUUGAUCGGUUAGCAAACUGCAUGUUAAAAAAAACAAAACAAAACAAAACAAAAAACGGUUUCAAAAAUUCUUCUGCGCUUCCACUACCACCAGCAAUCUUUUGAAACACUUUGUUUGAAGUGGGAGUCAAAAUGAUUUGUUCUAUCUUUUAGACAAUGCAUCUCUUUAAAAACAUCGAUUCAUGUGUUAAUUAGUUUACUUGUGUGUUUGUAAAUCUUGUCUUCAGGGAUCUGAGCAACAACUGUUUUCCAGUACUUCCUGCUAAAGGGCUGGAAACACUUGAAACUCUUAAGGUGCGAGGCAACAGAGAACUAAAGGGGUUACCUGCAGCAAAACUCCAUAAAAUUCGAACUGUGGAAGCGCACUACCCUUAUCACUGCUGUGACUUCCGAAAACAACGUAAAAAGAAAGAAAGUCCAGACAGGACUGAAAAGCUGAAAACAAGCGAGUUCAAGAAUUCUUGGACCUGGGCUGAGGGUGAAGAAGUCACCUUUCUACGAAAUAGUCCCGAGGAUAACUUAACUUCCAUCACAAGCAAUGAAGAAAUGUCAGGCUUCGGUUCUGGAAACAUAGACCCAGCAAUGGAAUUCGACGGCAGCUCGGAAAUUGCGACAACAGUCGGUUCGGGUCAGGUUAGCAAUGUUGGCCGUGUAGAUGAUAUUUCCAUUGACGAGGACGACGACCACCAAGUCACGUGCACCCCUGAGCCUGCUGACCCUUUUUUCCCGUGUGAUGAUCUCAUGGACUCUUCGCUCCUCCGUAUCGGCGUGUGGAUAGUGUUCUUGCUUGCGUUGCUUGGCAACGCCAUAGUCAUCUUUGUGAUCAUUACACGCAGCUCACGAAUCGACGUGUCUAGAUUUCUGAUCUGUAAUCUAGCUGUAGCAGAUUUGUGCAUGGGUGUGUAUCUCGGGCUUUUAGCAGUCGUCGAUGCGUCAACCCUCGGAAACUUUCGGAGCUAUGGUGUCGAGUGGCAGUUGAGCCCAGGGUGUAGGACAGCGGGGUUUCUCGCUGUAUUGUCAAGCGAAACAUCAGUUUUCACGUUGACUGUAAUCACUAUUGAACGCUACAUUGCUAUCACGCAUGCGUUGGACAUCACUAAAAAAAUGAGCUUAAAGAAAACGUACCUUGUGAUGCUUGUUGGUUGGUGUUUCGCUCUCACAGUUGCAACACUGCCGUUGUUCGGGGUCAGCGACUAUACCAAAUUCAGCGUUUGUCUGCCGUUUGAGACUGGGAACACGAAAUCUUUGGUAUACGUUACAUCAGUGCUCAUACUAAAUGGGUCAGCGUUCAUCGUCAUAUUAACUUGUUACUGUAGAAUUUACAGCGCUAUCCGUGGCUCAAACGCCUGGAACACAAAUGACUCAAGAACUGCACUAAGAAUGGCAAUUCUCAUAUUUACAGACUUUUCGUGCUGGGCACCCAUAACUGUGUUUUCUCUCACCGCAGCGUUUGGUGGAGAGUUUGUGAGCCUUAAAGACGCAAAAAUAUUUACAGUUUUCGUGUUUCCUCUCAACAGUUGCGCUAACCCUUUCCUAUACGCUAUUUUUACUGCACAAUUUAAGAGAGACUGUAUUUCGCUGUGUCGUAGAGUAAAAAGUUCUCAGAUUCCUAAAAUAACAAGUUCGAGGCGAAAAUACUCAUACUCAAGUGGUGAAAUGAGGCGGAAUUCACAAGUGAGUUCAUCGAACGGACUGGAAGGUAUGAUAGCAAAGCUGCGCCCGCGUGAGCAGCGGCGGAACUCCCUUCCACCAUCCAUGAGGCUGAUGGUUAGCAGACCUGCAAAUAGCAAGAGUUCGGAGACAGUGAGGAAAGAGGUCAUUGUCGAAAAAGUAACGGUUCUCUAAAUGCUUGACAUAACGCACUCGAUUAAAUGAUCCUCAGAACUGAAUGGGUGCCAUGACAUGCAACUCUGGUGAAGGCGUGUUUCAAACGUAGUCUGUAUUGUAUCAUGUCUCCUCCAAUUGCAUGCUGUGUAAUCUAUCAAUACUGUACAAAUUGUAUCAUACAAUUAUUUUAUUAGGUCGUAGAUAGUAUAUCUAUGAGAGGAUGGUGGAUCAAUGAGAUGAAUUUCAACAUAUAAUAGUUGUGUUCAUUGACAACCUGUCUGGUUUGGGUUUUAGUAAGGAGCGAAUAUGUUAGUAAAUUGUCUGUGUUUCAAACACGAGAGAGUUGCUUGUAAAUUACCUUUUUCUGUGGAAUAAGCUUGCUCGAGGCUCGCACAAUUUUUACGUUUAUAAUUACAUUGUGAUAAAAUAUAUUAAGUUGACAUUCAAGUCAACACAGUGCGAAACAAUGUAUAAAACUAUGUAAGAAGUUGGUGGCAUAUUUCAGCGGUCCGUCAAAACUCAGGCUAGAGUAAAUAAAGCAGCUUCAUAGUUAUAUUGAAGAAUAGUAGCGGCCUUUUAGGGCAUGAUACUGCGGGAAAAAGUUGUGCGCUGGGUUAAGGUUGCAAUUUGUUAUGAGUUUGGAAAAUAGCUGAUGGAAAGAAGAAAUUGAAACUUUCGAAAAUUCCUGAGAAAAAUCUUCAGUUCUCGUAAAAUGGUAGAAAUCUUGAAACUGAAAAUAACUCAGUCGCUCGGGCCAAUUUACGCGCAACUUUAUCUCUUCGAUCUUUUUUCUUAGGUUAAGGAAGGGAUGGGGUCCGUUCGAUCCUGCAAUUUUGAAAAAAAUGUUUAAAAUCUGUGAAUAAGCGUAUCUCUGAAACACUUAGCAUGUAUUUAUUGCCCAAUUUAUCGCAGUUAAUCAAGGGAUAAUGUAUUUGCUGUAAUAAGCAACAUUAUUUACGAUCUUUUAAAUUUUACAUUCCAGUCACGAAAAACAACCCAUUAGGAGUUUGUUUCACAAGAUUGUAUUAAAUUAUAUAAUAUUAUGUUAUUAUUCAAUGACAACAAUAGAUGGCUAGAAUAUGCAGAGAUAUUCAAUGGAAAGAUAUGGUCCUAAGCAAAGAAUUCGGGCCACGUGAGGUAAUCGGUUAUAACAGUGAAAAACUGGGGAUGGUUGUAAUCUUAAAU